AUGGUACCACUGCUGAAUGAGUGUGGACAGGCCAUGGUACCACUGCUGAAUGAGUGUGGACCGGCCAUGGUACCACUGCUGAAUGAGUGUGGACCGACCAUGGUACCACUGCUGAAUGAGUGUGGACCGACCAUGGUACCACUGCUGAAUGAGUGUGGACCGACCAUGGUACCACUGCUGAAUGAGUGUGGACCGACCAUGGUACCACUGCUGAAUGAGUGUGGACCGACCAUGGUACCACUGCUGAAUGAGUGUGGACCGGCCAUGGUACCACUGCUGAAUGAGUGUGGACCGACUAUGGUACCACUGCUGAAUGAGUGUGGACCGACCAUGGUACCACUGCUGAAUGAGUGUGGACCAACCAUGGUACCACUGUUGAAUGAGUGUGGACCGGCCAUGGUACCACUGCUGAAUGAGUGUGGACCGACCAUGGUACCACUGUUGAAUGAGUGUGGACAGGCCAUGGUACCACUGCUGAAUGAGUGUGGACCGACCAUGGUACCACAGUUGCAGCAGAACAUCUGGGCUGGCAGCGGCUAG